AUGACUUACUUUACCGACCUCAACACCUAUCUGCACCGCAGCUCUCAACUCAUACAAGCCUACCCCUCCUCGCGCAUCACGACCAAAUAUUCAUUACCCAAGAAACGCAGCGGCAAGGCCGACACCAAAGCCACAGAGAAGAAAGAUGCCACCACGGCGGCGGACUCAACCGGAGCCACUCCCUCACAAACUAAGAGGGAGCCUUCUGCGAUCCUCACCCUGAAAACAUACCACCCAGACUCCGGCAUAUGUCUGAAGUACAAAACCGACAAGGCGGCCGAAGUAGGGCGGUUACUGGCGGGGCUGGGUCGACUUGCAAAGGGAGAACUGAUAGAAUUGCCCACGGCAGCAACAGUGGCGGCUGCUGCGAACGACGCGGAUAAGAUGGAUAUCGAUAGUGGGGUGGUGGCUUCAGAGGCCGACGCCAAGGUCGUCGUGGCGCCUCCUGCUGCGACGCAGACUGCAAGUGGUGGGGGUGGUGGUGGUGGGAAGGGGAAGAAGAAGAAGGGAAAGAAAUGA